AAUUAAUUAUACCAACGGAGGUUUUUUAUUAUAAAUAUUUAUUAUUAUCUCUCUCUAUUAAUAAUUAAUAAUGAAUUAAAGAGAGAUUCUUGAAAACAAAAGUGUUUUUCAUCAUGUCUCAGCAUUAUGCAAAUAUCAGCUCAAAUUAUUAUGUAGAUAAUUCAAAAAAAGGGUCGAGUAGAAAUGGAAAAGUUAUAAUUAAAGAGGAAAUAGAUGUUCAUCCUAUAGAAAUUGAAGUAUAUAACGAGGAAAUUGAAUCGACUGAGGUGAAUGAAUAUCAAAAUGUAAAAAAAACAAAAGAGCAAUCAGAUACCAAACAAGAGAAACUAUCUAAAACCUGCUCGUAUUGUGGAAAAAUGCUUGCAUCCACUUCAAGCCUAUACGUUCAUUUGAAGUCUCACUCUUCGAACAAACCCUAUAUUUGCAAUGAAUGCGGAGCAAACUUCACAAGGAAGUAUUAUUUGGAAGUACAUCUGAGAACCCACACCGGGGAGAGACCUUUCAAAUGUGAUAUUUGUGAAAAAUAUUUCUCACAAAAAUCUAGUCUUAACACCCAUAAGAGGCAACAUACAGGAGAGACACCUUAUCAAUGCAGCAUGUGUGACAAGGCUUUCUCAGCAAAGAGUUAUUUGACAUCACACCAGUGGGUCCACUAUCAGAAAAAUGAUGGUUUAUUUACUUGUUUAUGUGAUAGUAGUUUAAAAUUUAGUAGCAGAACGGAUUUUAUCAAGCAUGUUCGAACUCACAUAAAUAACUUGGUUUACAAGUGUGAUUUAUGUUCCAAAAGUUUCUCAAAAGAAGCUUAUUUAAUUCGUCAUAGAAAUGGAGUGCAUCGUAGAUCGAACCAAAACGGUUGAAAUCGAAAGAUAUCAGACAAAUAUUGACUGCCUCUGAUUAAACUUUGUUCUUGAAUGCUUGAUAAAUUAUCCUACUGUAGAAGGACUAAGUACGAUUUGAUGUUUUUGUUACAGAUGUUUUAGUUUGUUUUUAUGGGAAAAAGUUCAUAUCCCCUAAUUUCUUAUAAGUUGGAGGAAUUGAAGAAAAAAUAUAUUUAUGUAUGAUUGAAGUUUUCUUUUUAUACUUUAUCAUAAAAUGAGUAAUAAAGUUUUUGUUGUGCCAUUCAUUCAAUAGAUGUUUUCCCAAAGGAAAUAG